AGGAGUCAACCUAAACCUAAAAACCGGUGGCUCCAUCAGGAAACCCGGAUAACCAGAGAGACUCAAUUUAACUCGGAUCAACCUGCCGACUGUAUCUGCUCCAUCAUGCUGUCUGUGUCCGAGUCUUUGUGUGGUGAGAGCUAUGAAGAGUGCCGGGCGACAGCUGAUUGGCUGCUGUCCAACACGCAGGUGCGGCCGACUGUGGGGAUCGUGUGCGGCUCAGGCCUGGGGGGGCUGGCUGAGAUGCUGAAGGACCCGCAGUACUUCAAGUACUGCGACAUUCCCAACUUUCCCAAGAGCACAGUGCAUGGUCAUGCUGGCCGCCUGGUGUUUGGAACGCUGAAAGGAAAGCCGUGUGUUUGCAUGCAGGGUCGCUUCCACCUGUACGAGGGAUACCCCAUCCAGAAGAUCACGCUGCCCAUGCGGGUCUUCAAGCUGAUGGGCGUGGAGACCGUCUUCCUGACGAACGCAGCAGGGGGCCUGAACCAGGACUACAAGGUGGGGGACGUCAUGAUCAUGAAGGACCACAUCAACAUGCCGGGGUUCGCUGGGAACAACCCGCUGGUCGGGCCCAAUGACGACCGGUUUGGGGUCCGCUUCCCCUGCAUGUCUGACGCUUACGACCGAAAGCUGCGGCAGAUGGCCCUCGACGUGGCCUCAGAGCUGGGCUACAACGACUUCUUCAGGGAGGGGGUGUACUGCGUCGUGGGGGGUCCGUCCUUCGAAACCAUCGCUGAGUGUCGCAUGCUGCACAAGCUGGGUGCUGAUGCUGUCGGGAUGAGCACCGCGCACGAGGUCAUCGUUGCGCGUCACGCCGGGAUGCGCUGCUUCGCCCUGUCGCUGAUCAGCAACCGGGCGGUGAUGGACUACGACAGCAAGGAGAAGGCCAACCACGAGGAGGUGCUGGAGACGGGCCGGCUGCGGGCGGAGCAGCUGGAGAAGCUGGUGACCACCAUGGUCGGCCGGCUGGAGCACAACAACAACGACUCCUCCUGAACACAUUCCCAACUUCAUCACUUUAACUCGUCCUAGAUCAGCUGUUGGGCUCGGCGAGAGGUUAUUUUAAAAUGCUUGUUACUGUAGAACGAACAAAAACUGUUUGGGUUUACUACUUGAUAAACUAGUUGCUAUUUCACUGACUGUUACUUUAAGUCAGGGGUGUCCAAACCUUUUUCACCGUGGGCCACAUACA